GAUCAGAAGCAGCUUUCUGACUAAAACAGACUCUCAGCAGACAAAAAGAUGAAGAUGCCUCAGCUACUCAUCCUCCUGCUGGCUAUUCUGCUGCACGCAGCAGCCGGUUUCCCUGCAGCUCUGCCUGGCCGAGACAAACACGCCUCCUGGGACGACGUGAACGUGGUGGCUCAUGGGCUCCUGCAGCUGGGCCAGGGUCUGAAGGAGCAUGUGGACAAGACCAAAAUCCAGAUGAGCGACGUCAGUGCCAAACUGAAGGCCCUCAAUGGCACAGUGGCCGAACUGGAGAGGAAGCAGCGGGAGCAAAAUGAAGCUCUGAAGGCAAGAGGCAAAGAGGAGGAGGAGGAGGAGAGGGAGAGGAUGGUGGCAGAGCUGGCCAACAAGGUGAUGGCAAAGGUGCAGGAGGUGCAGACACAGGGCGAGGAUGUCCACACCAGGAUGGACAGGCUGGAGGAGAAGGUGAACGAGAUGCUUAAAGAGUCAACACUGGACAGCAACAACAGCGAGCAUACAGGAGUCUCGUUUAUCCAGAGGCUGAUGGCAGCUCAGAACAGACGCAUCGACCAGCUGGUGGAGAAAAUCAAGCAGCAGCAAGACAAACUGGAGAAGCAGAGUCUGCACCUGCAAACACUGCAGAGCAAGGUCGCACACAAGAGAGUAAAAUCACACCGACGGAGAGAUGAAGAGACAGCACUGAGGGGAGAGCCUGCAGAGCAGAGCAAAGACACAUCAGGUUUGGCAAGAGACUGUCAUGAGCUGUUUGCAGGAGGGCAGCGAGCCAGCGGUGUCUACACAAUCCAGCCGGAGAACUCUCAGCCCUUCAACGUCCUCUGUGAAAUGACUUCAGAUGGCGGAUGGACGGUGAUCCAGAAACGUUACGAUGGAUCCCAAAACUUCAACCAGCUGUGGGAAAGCUACAAGAACGGUUUCGGCAACCUGAAUGGUGAGUUUUGGUUGGGCCUGGAGAACAUCCAUUCUCUCACCAAACAAGGCCAGUACGUCCUGCAGGUGGAGCUCUCUGAUUGGGCGGGACAGCAGAAGCAGGAAGCUCGUUAUCGACUCCAACUUGACGGAGAAGAGAAGAAGUUCACGCUCCACCUGGAGCAGGAGUCUUCAUCUGGGGUCCAGGAGAGAAUAAUGACGACCAGAGAAUCCGGUCUUCCUUUUUCCACAGCCGACAGAGACAAUGAUCUCGCUGCAGACGUCAACUGUGCUGAACUGCUCUCAGGUGGUUGGUGGUUCAGUAGUUGUGGUGAGUCAAACCUCAACGGCAAAUAUCCCAAAAGGUUGAGCGCGCUCAGACGACAGCAGUCCAGAAGACAAAGGAUGUUUUGGACGUCCACAAAGGGACAAAACAACUCUGUGAAGACCACUCUUCUGAAGAUUGCCCCCGCCACAAUGCAAUGAGCACAUCAGUUUGUCUCAAACAGAGGACAACAGAAACUGUAUUUAACUCUGAUUAUUGAUCCCUGCAAUCACGCACUGGAUCAUCAGAUAUUUCUAUGCUGUGCCAUACGAUCACUCAGUCUCAGUGGACAUGUUCAGUCAUAUUGACAGUAACUUUAUUCCCUUUAUAAGGGUUCCUUAUCUUAUUCUGUAAUAUUU